GUGGCGGCUGCAGCAGCAGCACCUCGGACUGGCGGAAGUGUGCUGGGGGGCGGGGAGCUGAGCAGCAGCAGCAGGAGAAGCAGAAGCAGCAGUUCAGGAACCGAGCAAGAGCUUCAACUUUAUCACCGGCAGCCGCGAGCAAGAAGGAGUUAAGGAGGGCGAAUUGUAGCGGAGGGAAAAUGCGCCUCCCAGCCGGCACUAAGCCUCUUUGAUCAGGACUUUACGCGACUCGUUCUCGGUCUGCGGCUCUGACUGACUAAAGGGGCACGGAGCACAAUCCCCCCUCCGCCCCCCAAAAAAAGAAGGAGAAGAAGAAGAAGAAGAAAAAUCAAAGUACUCGCUUUCCGUUUGUAAAAGGAAGUCCCGAGACUCGGCAUGGAGGAGGGGUACGAACUCGACCUGACGUACGUCACGGAGCGCAUCAUCGCCGUGUCCUUCCCCCGGGGGUGCACCGAGGAGAUCUACUCCCACAACCUGAAGGACGUCACGCGGAUGCUCAAGUCCAAGCACGCCGACAACUACCUGAUUAUCAACCUGUCGGAGAAAAGACACGAUCUCACCAAAAUGAACCCGAAGACUCUAGAUACAGGCUGGCCGGACAUGCACGCGCCACCUCUGGACAUGAUCUGCACCAUCUGCAAGGCCAUGGAGAGCUGGCUCAAUGCCGACCCGCUCCACGUGGCGGUGAUACACUGCAGGGGCGGCAAGGGUCGCAUCGGCGUCGUCAUUUCAUCCUUUGUGCAUUUCACCGACGUCUCAGCCAGUGCUGAUCAGGCGUUGGACCGCUUCGCCAUGAGGAAAUACUACGACGACAAGGUCUCGGCUCUGAUGACGCCGUCGCAGAAACGGUACGUCUGGAUCCUCAACAGCCUUCUGAGCGGCUCCAUGAAGAUCAACGCCUCGCCUUUGUUCCUGCACUGCGUCGUGCUCCACGGGAUCCCAAACUUCGACGCCGCCGGAGUCUGCCGUCCGUACAUCAAGGUCUACCAGGGAAUGCAGACCGUGUAUUCGUCUGGGAUCUAUCACAUCGGUCCAGGCCACAGAGGCCGCGUAUGCAUCACCCUGGAGCCGGCCCAGCUCCUGAAAGGAGACAUCAUGAUUAAAUGCUACCACAAGAGCGAGGGGACCUCGGAGCGGGAAGUGAUUUUCCGGCUGCAGUUCCACACGGGAGCAGUGCAGGGCUACAACCUGAUGUUUGACAAAGAGGACAUGGAGACUGCCAACAAAGAUCCCAGAUUUGCAGACUACGGUAAAGUGGAGCUGGUGUUCUCCGAGGGACCGGAGAAGAUCUCAGGUGCCGACAGGUGGCUAAACGGGGCGGAUGUUAUUGUGGACUACAACACGGCGGAUCCUCUCAUCCGAUGGGACUCCUACCAGAACAUCUGCGACGGCGAAGCGCCGCGCUCUCAAGGCCUGACCCGGGACACGGCGGCGAGCAAGAGGAGCCCCGGCGGAGGAGAGGCGACGCUGGGCAGAGGGGCCCGCACCACCUCCGCCACCUCCAGCCCCGACCACAGCGACCACGCCCUCUCCGUCAGCAGCGACUCGGGCCUGUCCAGCACUUCUCUGUGGGCCGACAGACCCGCGCCCGCACCUGCCACCCACACCAUCGCCGCUACCCCCAGCACCACCACCCUGAGGCCUAACCAGGGCCCCAGCCAGCAGGAAAAGGUCCAGCUGAAGCGCCUCUUGAGUGGCUUCGGCCUUGAGGACCCCUCAUUGGGGGAGAUGGGCGAUCAAGGGCCCCGAGUGGUCAUCCAGCAGAUAGUCCCGGCGCAAGUGCACAUCAACGUAGACCCCGGACCCCGAGAGAGGGAAACGGACAUCCUGGACGACGAGGUCGUCACGGGUCACGAUCUGCACAGCGUGGACAGCUUGGGCACCUUGUCGUCCUCGUGCCACAAGAGCAGCCAGAACUCGCUGCUGUCGGACGGCUUCGGGAGUCCCGGAGGAGAGGAGCAGCAGCAGCAGCAAGGCCGCGGCCAGCACCCGGCGGCCCCCCCCACAGAGGAGUACGGGAGGGCCUACGCCGAGGCCAUCAGGGGCUGCCUCGGCCCCAGGAGCAACUCUGUGGCCUCCGCCCAUCCCAGCGGCGCUCCCAAGCAGCACGUCUACAGACAGGGCAGCUACUCCACGCAGUCCUGGGUCCGCCAGCAGCAGAUGGUCGCCGCGCAGCAGUUCAUCUACACGGCGGAGGACGGGAACGACGGCGAGGGCUACCCGGGGAACAAGCGGGGGAGGGGCGCGGCCAAAGCGGGCCCGCCCGCCGAGCCCCCCCCCGCGAGGGACACGGCGACGGACGCUGUGGGGAGCGCGCCGCCGCACAAGGAGCGGGCGACGGUCAACAACAACAACAACAACAAGCGCGACGAGGAGUUCAAGUCGCUCACGAUGGACAUCGACCACUCCAUCGACCAGCUCAACCAGCUGAUCAUGGACCUGGAUCCCACGUUCGCGGCGGUGCCGGGCCACGCCGGCUCCCUGAAGAGGAGCGGCGGGACGCGCGCUCACGGCUCGGCGGUCUCCAAAUGCUCGAACGGCAUCGAGCGGCGCUUCGGCGACAGUUACAGCGCAGCAGCGGCCCAGAAAACCCCACAGCAGACAGCUGUCCAGUCCAGCGACGGGCUGGUGGGCGUCACGCGGACGCCGUGUCGCCAAGGAGGCGACGCCUCGGACCGGUCGGGCUUCUGCAACUCGGGGUGGGGCGGGGCGGAGGAGUACCGGGCCCAGCGGACGUACUCGCCCUGCGCGCCACCGUCACAGCACCCCCUGCUGUACAGAACCGACAGCGCGGACUACAGGGCCCAGGGCCCCGAGAUGGACAGCGGGGUGGAGGCUGGGAGCGACAUGACUCCGCCCACUCCCGGCUUCCCCAUCUCCCCACCCACACCGUAUGAACCCCGAGGAUACUCGGAGAUCAUCGGUCACGUUGGAGCCGGCGGUUUGCCGGACUCCUCCGUCAACGGCCACCGGGCGCUGAGCGCCUCGCACUCUGCCGCUGUGGUCGGGACCCACCAGUGGACCGACAGUUCCUCCACGAGCCAGUCCUGGCCCGAGCACCCCGUCCUGACCCGCCACACGUCUCUGAGCAGCUAUCCCUCGACCCGACAACCGCCGCCGCGCUCCACGUCGACGGACUACGGCCACCGCUCUCCUCCCUCGCACCACCCGCACAUCCACCCGGCCCCCAACGCCCACAGCUCCCCCCGAAGCAGCCAGCUGAACCGGAUGGCUCGCUACGCUCUCAGCCGCAGUCCGGCUCAAAGCUUCGAGGAGCAGGACGACUCGGGUCUCGCCGACUGUCCCAACGCCGCCGCCAAUCUGCUGGGAAACGGAGGCGUGGACCGGGAACUUUUGACCUCCGUGGAUGGGCGGAGUCAGGCACAGCUGCCCCAGAUCCAGAUGGUGCAGCCGCCGCUUCUGCCCGAGAAGAAGAGGGCGUCCGAUGGGGAGCAUUCGCUGGGCACGGCGUCCCCGGCCCUCAGCGGGUUCUCCAGUCCCCACAGCGGGAGCUCCCUGAGCAUCCCCUUCCCCAACGUGUUGCCCGACCUCUCGGCCCAGACGCUGGGCACAGCCCUCCCAGAUGUUCUGGCGAGUAAGCAAGUUACUGUCAAAUUUGUGCAGGACACAUCAAAGUUCUGGUACAAGCCGGAUAUCUCAAGGGAUCAAGCCAUCUUGGUCCUGAAGGACAAGGAGCCCGGUUGCUUCAUCGUGCGGGACAGCCACUCCUUCAGGGGCGCCUACGGGCUGGCUAUGAAGGUGGCUACCCCCCCGCCCUCAGUCCUCCAGCAGACCAAGAAAGGAGGCGAUCUGGCCAAUGAACUGGUGCGCCACUUCCUGAUCGAGUGUUCGCAGAAGGGCGUGCGGUUGAAGGGUUGCCCCAAUGAGCCCUACUUUGGGAGCCUGACCGCGCUGGUCUGCCAACAUUCAAUCACCCCCUUGGCCCUGCCCUGCAAACUCAUCAUACCUGACCGAGAUCCUCUGGAAGACGUUGUGGAGACGACCUCACAGUCGGUCACCAACUCCGCGGCCGAGCUGCUAAAACAGGGCGCAGCCUGCAACGUGUGGUACCUGGGCUCCGUGGAGAUGGAGUCGCUGACCGGCGUCCAGGCGGUGCAGAAAGCCACCAGCAUGUCUCUGAGCUCCGACCCUCCCCCGUCCUCCACUGUCGUCCACUUCAAGGUGUCCUCCCAGGGGAUCACCCUCACCGACAACCAGAGGAAACUGUUCUUCAGGAGGCAUUACAACGUCAACACCGUCAUAUUCUGUGCACUGGACCCUCAGGACAGGAAGUGGAAAACAGAUGGCUGCCCUUCAGCAAAGAUCUUCGGCUUCGUGGCGAGGAAAACGGGCACCUCCACGGACAACGUGUGCCACCUGUUUGCGGAGCACGACCCCGAGCAGCCGGCGAGCGCCAUCGUCAAUUUUGUCUCCAAGGUGAUGAUUGGCUCGCAGAAGAGUAAGUAGGCGUGGCUCGGCCGGACUUUAAAGGAGGAGUAAAGACUGAACAAAGGACUCGGCGUAAGGACCGGAGACGGCGGUGUCAUCCGUGGAUGUCAACUGGAUGUUUUACGGGACAUUUAAUUACAUCUUUCAUUAGAAACGUGUAAAUAUGUUAUUGUUCUGUCCUGUAAAAUGAACUAAAGAAAGAAAGAAAGCAACACAACUAUAAUAAUACAAUGUCUCAGACCGUUAGAUAUAUUCUUUUUAACAUGUUUUAAGAACAAGACGCAUGAAUCAGAGGCUCAAGGAAAGCCACACCGUGUCGCAUGUUAUCUUUAUUUUGUAAUAUUUAACCAGACUUCAUUUAAGCUAUUAACAUCCUGUAACGUCGUAGCCAAUGGAGACACGCCUCGGUCCCCCCUGUAUGAUUUAGAUUUAAGGACGGGCUUAAUCUCAGACAGGAUUAUCCUAUUUCAUCUAUGCAAUGUAAAUGUUUUAUUUUUUUAAACCACAGACUUUUUGUACAUGCACAGCAUGUAAGUGGCAUCUCUGAACCUGUUAAAGAAUCUCUCUACUUAAGAUGUAUGUGAAUAUGACCAUUGUGUGUGUGUGUGUGUGUGUGUAUGUGUGUAUGUGUGUGUGUUGCAAUGAGAGAAACCAUAGGAAAAUAUAUUAAUGAAACCCUAAUAUAUAUUGAUUUGACAUGAGUUGGUUAAAAACAAAUCAGUACUUUGCGUAGGAGGUGGUGCGAGUGGCGUUCCACUCAAUGUUGCCAAACUUUAUUUUUGUCCCUCUUUUUUUUGGGGGGGGGGGGUUCGUGGCCAUUAACAGCACCGUGGUGCUUCAGUAUCAAGAAGAUAUAUCGGUAUCCUUGAUUUUGUACAUUUCAUUUACAUUUAUAUUUCAAAGUGCACAGGCUGCUAUACGGAGGACUGCUGCAACCGUGUUCUUGUUUUUUAAAGUUCUUUAAAGAAAGAAAAGCGCUCAGUGUUUGAAUUGCACAAAUACAGUUAGGAUUUGACAUACACACACACACCUCGGUGGCAUUCACUAUUCACUAUAUACGAUUUAUCAACCCGGCUAACGCUGCUCAUCGCGCCGGCCGACACCAGAAAAGUGUUUUCCUUCAACUUUCUUUGUGCUGCGCAGCCGUUUGACCUCCAGAGCGACCUCCGGCCUCGAUGCAGCUCAGAUGCUGUUCUUCCAUUGGUUAUGUACACGUAUUUGUUAUCCUUGUUAUCUAUUCUCUGUACCUCAUACUUAUCUCAUACAAUACUCUGCCUCUGUGUAUAACGUGCCACAUGUGAACAGUUUAUUUGUAUAUUUGACAAUGGAUUGUUCGAUGUGCUCUGUAAAUAAAACCAAAUGAAACAUG